AUGUGGUUUCGAAGUUUACUUCUUACAUCCAUAAUACUACCGAUAAGGUUUGUCGUUGCACUUUUGCCUCCCGUGGAUGAUCCUAACGCCCUUAAGAAAUACAACAUAAAUUACGUAACUCCUCAGUUUUGGGACGAAAAUAUUGCAAAUAAUAAGUCAUUACUUGACAAUGGUUCAAUUUUAGAAGUCGGCAAUGAUAUGAAAUGCCUGGUAUCGAAUGUAACUAAAUUAUCGACAUUGGAAAAGUUACGUAGUGAUCAAAAUAAAUACGAAACUACAUUAAUCAGUACAUUGAACCAAGGUGUUAAUAUCAUAAACAAAGCAUUAGAUGGACAUUGUGUUGGAUUUAGAAACGGAUUCUGGACCUAUCAAUUCUGUCCAAAGAAGGAGUUUAGCCAAUUCCACGAAGGUAAUACAGAUUCAUCAAUGAUCUAUGUAUUAGGAAAGCCGAAGAAGAAUUUGCUCAAACGUGAUUUCACAUUACUUUAUAACGAUUUCGGAUAUUAUGUCAAUGAAGUGGUUGGCUCCGGAGAUAUCUGUGAUUUGACAGGAACCCCCAGGUUAAUUGAAAUCGAAUAUGUAUGCGGAUCAGCUGUUGGUCCUGCCACCAUUCAAUGGGUUAGGGAAACAGCAACAUGUCAAUAUGAAGCACAGAUUUCUGUUCCAGAGCUAUGUGGUCUCGAACUACUUUCACUCACCGAAGAUAAAAGUUCAGGAACUGCAAUUACAUGCAUUCAUCCUUCUUCCGAGGAAACAGCUAAGCAUAACUUGGCGGAUCUCGUUACAUAUUUUGAUCCUAUAUUUUUGGGCCAAUCCAUUUAUCUUUUAGCUCCCAACGGCAAAAACCAUGAAAAGAAAGCUAACUUGAUGUAUACAGAGCAAUUAAAUGAUCCAUCCAUAUGGGAUUCUCCAACAGAAGUCUUAUAUAAAGCAUUUACGAUAGCGUUUAGUCGUGUUAUCACCCUUGGACUUUUACAUUUCCCAGACGGCUCAAAACUCGAGAAUGGGGAUACAUUUUCUUGGAUUGCCGAAAUAGUAGAUAUAACUGGAAAACCUUUAUCGAAAAUUAAAGUAAGUACUAAACAUGAUGGUAGUAUGGAGUUACUAAUAUAUAAAGAUUUACCACUUCUUGAUGUUGGUAAUUUUGAAUAUUACUCAAAGGAAAAGAAAUUGAAGUCAACUUUAUCACCAAAUGAUGGAAAAUAUUUGCUAGAUAUGAAAGACUUCUAUGGCGAAAUACCAUUGGAGCUUAACGAUGCACAAGGAAGUCUUCAGGAACUGCUUGGCCAAAUGGAAGGCUUCAAAUUAGCUAUCGUAAACCCCGAAACAGGCCAACAUAGAGAAGUAGAUUCCUCAUUUUUAUAUGAAGAGUUAAAUGAUGGCGAGAUUCUGGCAAUGAUACCAGAAGUUGAUACCCAUCCUGAAGGAGACAUAGCCAAAUCCGUUGAAGAUAAUAAACACUUGGCCGACCAAAACAAUGUUGACAUAAGUAUCGAACAAACUGAUGCGGUGAAUGACGAACUUCACUCCGAAGAAAAUCCUAAGAAUAAUGUUGAUCUAUCUAAUGAAGAUGUAGCUCAGGAUAACGAACAGCCAACUUAUGAUUCUGCCAAUGAUACGAAUCUUGCAAAGGAAUCACAAUCAGAAGGUUCGGUUUCCAAUGAACCAGGAAGCUAUACAGAUACGAAUAUGGAGAAUCCAAACAUACAGGAAGAAAACUCAACAGAGGAGAGCAAAACUGGAGAUGGAACGACAGCGAUAGAGGAAAUUGAUGACGAACCUACUACCAGCAUUAUCGAAGUGAAAGAUAGUGAAAAUGGGGACCCUGCUGCUUUUGAAAUAGCGGAAGAGACUAAUCAAGAAGAUACUACCGAAAGGCAAGGAAACAUGGGGGAUAAUAAACAUUCCGAGGAAAUUCAAACAUCUAGUGAAAUAGAAACUCCAAAAAACGAUGAAGAGGUAGAUAGGGAAAUUGUUCACAACGGGAAGGACGCCCAAAACUCUGACGAAAACUUCAUACCAAAAGAAAACCAUCAAGAAUUUGGAAAUGAUGAAGAUAUACAGAAUUUACAGGCACCACAAAAUCUAGCUGAGGUAGGAACUGAAGAACAGGAUUUUGAUAACCAACAGGAUGAAAACAUUCCAGAAGCUCAUAGCGAGGCGGAUGAACAACAGCCUGAAACUCUUAAUGAUUAUAUGGUCGAAGAAACAAUCUCCCCUGAUCCUAUUGUUGAGGAUCAUAAAGAUCUUGAAACGCAAGAGGGAAAAGAGAGCUCUAAUUUGUCAAUUCAAAAUACCAAUUAUGAUGAUGAAGAAAGACUACAAGCUAAUGAAAUGACAGAAGAACAGCAAACUGGAUCUACUGAACAAAAAGAAGAGAAAAAUGAGGCUAAAACACUACAAGAUAUUCCUCGCGGAGAAGGAAAACAGGCAGCGCAUCACUUAGAAGGAAUUGUUGAAUCAUCAUCAAACUUCGAAAAACGAGAUACUGAUGAAAUCGAAGUGGAAGAAGGGAAUGAAGCAACACAAAUAUCCCAUGAUGAAUUAUAA